GCUCGCGACUCUUUUGCACAUUUUUGAUAUGAAAUUAUAAAACUCCGUUGAGGCGAAUCUCAGGGAUUUAUUAGCGGGAGAAUCAACUUCUUCUAGCAUUGCGAACGGCGUUUUUACGAAAUAUUGUCGGUUAUAGAUACUUUAUAUGGUUCCCUCAUCGGAUUUUUACAAAAAGAUGUGGCCAUGGGAAACAGGUUGGAAGCAUGGCGUACGGUUUCAACAAACCAAUAUUCACACAUUUACCAUGGGAUGGGUCUAGGUAUGACGAUACACCUGAGAAGGGAUUUGGGGAAAAGCAAGCCCUGCGGCACGACGUAUGAGACAACAUUCUCGAGCGUGCUUAGUUGACGACGAAGACGAAAUAGUCUAGAUAUGAGCGUUCUAGAUGAAAUGAUAUCCAACAUUAUGCUCCGUCAAACUACUAGCUCUUGGCGGCGCUGAGUAUUCUUUUUGUAUUGUGCGAGUGGUGACCGUCUCUAUGUCAUGUCUCCCUCAAGCGACGUCUCAAAGAGAAGAAACAAAAACUAGUAACAUCACUCUUCAUCUCCAUGACGACCAUUAUAAGUCCUGUCCCGCCGGCUGUCGCGACACACCAGUAACGACAAACCAACCUGACACCUCGAUGCUAUCACAUAAAGUGACCAUGGCUACUUUGGGCUCGAGAUCGGGGCGUCCGUACGGCUCAUCCAGUCUCGGUUACAGUCUCGGUAGCUCGGUACGCACGCCUACACACAACUCUGGCGGCCCUCCGAUUUUGUCUUGGGUGAUCAUGGUCUUUUCUUUCGGGCCCUCCUCGUCCAUUUUGCCGUUCAGGAAAAAAAAGAAAAGAAGAAAACGGGAAAGAGGAAGUCGCAGCGGGGCAAGGACGUUUGAAGAAAAAUCUACAUGUGGUGUGUGUGUGAAUGUGUGUGUGUGUGUGUGUUUCAUGGCCACGACUAGAUGCGUCAAUAUGUAUGUAUUCAUCGGUAUUGGAUCGUCGAGGAGGCCGUGGAGGUUCCAACAAGUCACAAUUUUGUUCCGGCUGCUGCUUGCGCCGAGAUCGUUCCAUGGCUGACGAAACCUACUCCGGGCCAGAUUUGCCACCUCACGAGGCAAAAAGGAGGGUCGGGAGUCACAAAUCAGAGACUCAACAGGGCUGCGACGGAGAGA